AUGUCCAUCUCUCUUCUCCUCAUCAUCUCCGUGGUCCUUUACAUCACUGACCUCCCGUCGUGCUUCUCCUUCGAUCAACACUACGAGGCGUGCCGACUACCUCCGAGAUGUGGAUCCGAACCGUCUCUGUUCCAAAACAUCACUUACCCAUUUUGGGGAAAUACCAUCGGUAGACCAAACUUCUGUGGCCAAACAGGGUUCGAGCUUUCUUGCAAGAAGAAUCAAACCCUAACCCUAGAGAUCGAGCAGAUCACUUUCCGAGUUAUUUCUGUGAAUCUUGUUAAUAAGUCAAUCACCGUAGCUGAUGAGAGUUUGUUCGAAGAUGGUUGCCUAAAUAUUUUCAACUUCACGGGGGCUAAGCAGUUCACGUUAAACCAUAACACCGAGUUGGUCGAUAUAUUCAAUUGCGCUGAUAACAUCUCGGCAAAAUCCUUGUCAACGGUUUCUUGCCAGCUAAGCAAAGAGAAUCCGAUAACGUAUCAUGUCUUUGGAUCGUCUCAUCCUCCUAGAAAUUGUACCAAGGUUGGAGAGAUACCGAUGCUCGAGUCUGCUAAAAACGAGCUUCGCAAGGCGAAUGGCUCGGAUCAAGCAUUGAAGGUGGCUUUGGAAAAGGGGUUCGAGUUGAGGUACGAUAAAGAAGACAAGAGUUGCAAGGAAUGUUUUAAUUCAACUGGGAUAUGUGGUUCGGAGUCACGGUCGGGAAAUUUCGUGUGUCUGUGUGCAGACAAGCCUCACAAAUUCUCCUGCCACGACGAAAAAGGUCCAAAUUAUGAGGUGAAGAUCGGCAUAGGUGCUGUCGCUUCUGUCGUGGGAAUAUCAGCAGCGAGCCUCUUUUGGUUCACGUACCAUCGUAGAAUAACCAAAAGUUACAGAACAUCUUCAGAUUUGCUUCUUAGAAACCUCUCAAAUCAAUUUCCAAAGUCCUCAGACAUAGAAAAAGCAGAGGAAGAGUUAGUCGGAGUUCGUCUCUUCACCUACGAAGAGCUAGAGGAAGCCACGAACCACUUCGACCCAUCUAAAGAACUCGGUGAUGGAGGCUUUGGUACUGUCUACUACGGUAAGCUUAAAGAUGGACGAAGCGUAGCUGUGAAACGUUUGUACGAUAACAACUUUAAAAGAGCAGAGCAGUUCAGGAACGAAGUUGAGAUCUUAACAGGUUUACGCCAUCCCAACCUCGUGACUUUGUUUGGAUGCUCUUCAAAACAGAGCCGGGAACUACUGCUAGUGUACGAGUAUGUUGCAAACGGAACGUUAGCUGAUCAUCUACAUGGUGCACAGGCUAACCCUAGUUUACUUCCUUGGUCUACACGUCUCAAGAUCGCUGUUGAAACCGCCUCAGCUUUGAACUAUCUCCACGCCUCUGAUAUCAUCCACCGUGAUGUUAAGUCCACUAAUAUCCUACUCGACCAAAACUUCAAUGUCAAGGUUGCGGAUUUUGGACUCUCAAGACUGUUCCCUACUGGUCAAACCCACGUAUCAACCGGUCCACAAGGAACUCCAGGUUACGUUGAUCCAGAUUACCACCUAAGCUACCAACUCUCCAACAAAAGCGACGUGUACAGCUUCGCGGUAGUGCUGAUGGAGCUUAUCUCCUCGCUUCCAGCUGUCGAUACGAAAAGGCAGCGCCAAGAGAUCAACCUCUCGAACAUGGCAAUCCUUAAAAUCCAGAGCCGUAAGCUCCAAGAAAUGGUGGAUCCUUCACUUGGCUUCGACACGAACACAGAAGUGAGACAGACCGUGAUCGCAGUCGCUGAGCUGGCCUUCCAGUGCUUGCAGUCGGAUAAAGAUCUUAGGCCGUGCAUGUCACACGUGAUGGAGACGUUGACGAGGAUACAGAACAUUAGGUUUGGUUUGGAAAAGAAUGUUGCGGAUGUGAGUAAGAGUGAACCGUUGGUUGCACAGUCUGUGGAUGUUGCAGAUGUGAGUAAGAGUGGACCGUUGGUUGCAGAGUCAGAGGAUGUUGCAAAUGUGAGUAAGAGUAGACCGUUGGUUGCACAGUCUGUGGAUGUUGUAGAUGUGAGUAAGAGUGGACCGUUGGUUGCACAGUCUGUGGAUGUUGUAGAUGUGAGUAAGAGUGGACCGUUGGUUGCACUGUCUGUAGAUGUUACACAUGUGAGUAAGAGUGGACCGUUGGUUGGACUGUCUGUGGAUGUUGCAGAUGCGAGUAAGAGUGGACCGUCGGUUGCACAGUCUCCUAAUAGUGUUAUGGUGAAAUGGAUCAAAAUGGUGGAUCCUUCACUUGGGUUCGACACGAACGCAGAAGUGAGACAGACCGUGAUCGCAGUCGCUGAGUUGGCCCUCCAAUGCUUGCAGUCGGAUAAAGAUCUUAGGCCGUGUAUGUCGCACGUGAUGGAGACGCUGAAGAGGAUACAGACUAUUAGCUUUGGUUCGGAAAAGGAUGUUGCAGAUGUGAAUAAGAGUGGACCGUUGGUUGCUGUUGCAGCUGUGAGUAAGAGUGGACCGUCGGUUGCACAGUCUCCUGAUAGUGUAGUUGUGAAAUGGAUCAGUUGGUUGUUGGCGUUAGAUCUGGUUCAGGCUACUGCAGCAUUGCUGAGCCGGGAGCUAGAAAAAAGCCCUGCAGGAAUGAACCACAUGGAGCCAGGGCUAGCAGAAGAGAAGCACAAGAAGCAGGAGGACUCGGAGUAA